AUGGAGGAGAGAGGGAGAUUGAGGGGAAGAACCUCCCUGGUGCUGCUCUCCGCCAUCCUGCUCCUGCUUUCGGAUCUUCCCUUGUCGCUCUGCGGUCCGAACAAGAAGGCAGCAUCAGCCGCCAGGAAAGAAGAUAUCCCCUUCAUAAAGUGUCAGGUCUGCGAGAAGAUUGCCCACCAGCUCUACCACCAAGUGAAGAAGAAGGAAGCCCAGAUCUCCCCCAAGAAGGUGCAAAAUCCCUCCCUCUUCGGCCUCUGAUGGUAUUCGCAUUGAGUCGGUGGAAGGUUUCUCUUCUAAUCCCUCUUUCCUGUAUACUGAUGAGGGUACUCUUUCUUUCCUGUGAUCUUUGUGGUUAGAUCUCGGAGAUCCAGAUCAUAGACAUUGCAGAGAAUGUAUGCAACCUGAAGAAGGAGGAGGCCGACUGGCUUCUCCGGAUUGAUAUCGUCGAGAAGGGUGACGCACUCGAGGUAUGUAACUUAUUGAAUUUGGUGAAAAUGCAUCAAAAUGGCUUAGUUUUUACGAAAUAUGGGAAGCUCACCACAUGAAUUCGGCUCUCCUCUGCCAUAUAAUUUCAUAUUAGUCCCCGAACAUCAAAAGCGUAGCCUUCAUUUCUAUUCGCAGCCUUUCUGGCACGUAUGGUAAUAGCAAAAAUCAUGGGCUACUAGCAACUGAUCAUGUGACCCCAAAUCUAGCGAGAAAAGAUGCAUGUCUUAAUUAUGCUUAGCUAGUCCUCAAUUCUUCUCUCAGGAGCUGUAUAUCUAGUCUUUGUUCACCCUGUUCCUUUUUGCUGCGUUAUUAGAAUUUUUUUUUCCUUCUACAAUAAUCAUGGAAAUUUCCAAAAGUUAGAUGUUAUUUUUUCCUAAUGUCCAUUUUUCUUCCCUUGACGAAAGCAUCAUUUUUCUCUUCUCACAACGUAUUUUUGUGCAGCUCGUUGAGCAAGAAAAUGAAGGUCACUGUAAUUCAGAAUGCAAGACUAUGGAACGUGCAUGUCAAGAGGUGAGGAUCACAUGGCCGAUUCCUUUACAUUAUCUUCUCACGCAUCAGGCAGAACACUAAGCGAUGCAAGUAAUCAUUCCCAUUACCUAGAUAUAUUCUUUUAUUCCUUCUUUAGGUUUUCAGAUAGAAAUUCCACAUCGCUGAUGUCAAGACCCACAUGAGUAUAUCGUAGCUUAUUAUUAAUAACAAAGACGAGAACUCCUCGAUUGGUAGAGUUUUUCUAUUUAUUUUGUACUGAUGGAGACGAUUCUAUAAUUUCGAAAUUUCGAGAGCUUUGGGAUCAUAGAAAAUUUUGUAGCACUUUGGUGUCUUCCGCUUAUAUCUUUGGAAUUUAUUCUUGGAACUGACCAUUCAUGCGCUUUUAUAUCAGACAUAUCUAUAUCCCCAUAACUGAUUAUGUUAAAUAAAUUUGUGGUACUAUCCACUAUGAAAGAUAUUUAUAUAUAUAUAAACAUUGUAGGGUAGAUAGUGAGGUGUUUCGCUUGGUUUUUUUAACUUUUUUUUUUUUUUACUGAACUGAACUUGAUAAGCUGUUUGACCCCAGAAAAAUAUGUUUCUAAGGCCUUUUUUAGUAAAUUCGUGGACUUUCGUUGUGGAGAUUACAAUACUGUGGAAAUUAUUUUGGUAAACAAAUGUCUUUGCACUGUUAGAAGAAAUGACACGGUGGCUUAAAUGACACAAAGUCAAUGCCCUAUGAAUUGCCUCUUUUCUUCAGAUUUUGUCUAGAAACCAAAAACUUUCUCCUACUCCUACAGUAUUAUUGACAGGAACUUUUCUACCAUGCUUUGAAUACAAGUCAUUUUUCUGCAAUUACACCUCAGGAACGGUUUUGAGCUUCUUGUCUCAAAUUUCUCUCAUCAUUAGCCAUUGCACCCUAUUGGGGUGCGAUUUAGAACUUGCUUUCUAGUUUCUCCUGUUCUUAUGGCUGUUUUAUAAUCUCAUCUUUUCUAUUUUUCAAUCUUUAUCCUACCCCUGUGACUAGAUGUAUGAAAGAUUUGCGAGUGUUGAUGUCACUCGUCCCAAUAAAAACUCCUCUCCUGGAUAUUUCUGAUGAGCUGAAGAAGCAUCUACUCUGGGGCACAGCGAAGCUAUUCCGAGGGCACCGCACCCUCCUAACCCUGGGGAUUGACCUCUGACAUCUAUAAACUUUUCAGGGAAUAUCUCACUGUGGGAAUCACAUCCAUAGAGGGUUUUGGAUACAUUAACAUUACACAUAAGCUCCGAUGUUCUUGUACAAUACCCGGAUUUUCUUUUGAUCCGUGCCCAUUAUCAUCCCUUGCUCUUGUACAUCAACAUUAUCAUUUAUCAAAGCAUUUACCUAGUUACCACACAUGGAAACGUAUAAUAUUGGCUAUGCAACCUUCGUCAUCUCCUUCGUUCUGACCUUUCCCCCCCUUCAUUUGCUACUCCUUUUGCCGUUGACUUAUUGGAGAUUCUCUCUCGCAGGUCAUGGGGUACUCAGAUACGGAUGUUGCUGAAUUUAUUUUUACAUCAAAGCCCUCGCUGGAUUCUCUGGUGAAAUUUCUCUGCCACGAGAUCAGCAAAUCAUGCAUCAAAAAGCCACCCCCCGUUCCGAAGGUGAAUUGCCUUCUGCAACUCACUGGCUCGAUUGGCUAUUCCUCUUAUGGUAAUGUUGAUCUCUCUUCGAGUUGCAGGAUAGGGCUCCUGGGGAACCCUUCAUUCCAAAGCCCACGAAAGAACUGGAAAUGGAGAAGAUCCUGAGGUCCAUGGAGGUACUCUGUUUUUACUUGAAAGCAUCCAUCUUGGACAUCCUCCACACUCCUCACUCAGCACUCGCUGGCUCACGCAGGACAUGCCGGGGGCUCCGAACAUGAAGAUGUAUUCCAGGGAGGAUCUGAUGAACAACAACUUUGGGGCCGAAGACGCCGACGAGGACGAAGAAGAUGAUGAUGACUUCCCUUCCAAACUGGUACAGCAGCUGCUAAAAAAAAAAACCCUUUCGUACUGUUCUUGAUACUCUGUGGUGGAAAAUUUUCCAAAUAUGGGAAAAAAUCUCAACUUGUCAAUGCAGGGGAAAGUGCUGCGGGAGAAAGAUUCUGCCGAGAAGGGUCUGAAACAGAGGGUUCUGGGAGGGAUCAAGCAGGCCGGUCAGUCUUUUAGGGGCCAUGUGGACAAGGUGUCCCACCUGGUGGGGAAAUGGUGGAAGGGGAGGACCAGGACCAGCUCGACACCUUCCAUGGCGGGCAAGGGUGAGCUUUGA